AUGAAGAAGUUUGGCAUGGAAAAUGCUAGCCAUAAAAGGACACCUGCAUCAGCUUAUUUGAAACUAACUAAAGAUGAAAAAGGUGCAAAUAUGGAUCAAAGUCUAUAUAGGAGUAUGAUUGGUAGUCUGCUUUAUCUUACAGCUAGCAGACCUGACAUUACAUUUGCGGUAGAAUUUUGUGAUAGAUAUCAACUUGAACCUAAAAUGAUUCAUAUUACUCAAGUGAAAAGGAUUCUGAAGUAUGUUAAUGGAACUAGUGAAUAUGGAAUCUUGUAUUCUCAUACUGCAAACUUCUUGCUUACAGGAUAUUGUGAUAGAGAUUGGGAAGGCAGUGUUGGUGAUAGAAAAAGCACCUCUAGAGGGUGUUUCUUCUUGAGAAAUAAUCUUAUGCCUUGGUUCAGUAAGAAGCAAAAUAGUGUGUCCUUAUCUACGACUGAGGCUGAAUAUAUUGCAGCAUGA